UUCCGUUUCUGUGAGGAGACGAGCGGAUCAACAUGGGGUCCGGGAUGCUGCUGUCUCUGUUUCUGCUGUCGCUCCCCUGGAUGGUUUUCGCGGGGGAAUCGAGACGAACGCUCGGCUCGGAGCGGAUGGAUGAGGACCAGAGGGAGGACAUGGAGUGUAAGGUGAAGAGCGUGACCGUGUCCGCGCUCCCGUUCCUCCGCGAGAAUGAGCUGAGCAUCAUGCACUCCCCGUCGGCCUCCGAGCCCAAGCUGCUCUUCUCCGUCAGGAACGACUUCCCCGGAGCGGUGGAGGUGGUGGACGACCUGGAGAACACCGAGCUGCCCUACUUCAUCCUGGAGAUCUCGGGCAACUCGGAGGACAUCCCUCUGGUGCGCUGGAGGCAGCAGUGGCUGGAGAACGGGACGCUACUGUUCCACAUCCACCACCAGGACGGCAGCGGCCAGCCGGCCGGCCUCUCCCCCACCGCCGACACGGCCCGCGACUCAGCCGACGAGGAGCUCCGCAUCCUGCACAUCUCUGUCAUGGGUGGGAUGAUCGCCCUGCUGCUGUCCAUCCUGUGUCUGGUGCUCAUCCUGUACACGCGGCGCCGCUGGUGUAAGGGCCGGCGCGUGCCGCAGCCCCAGAAGAGCGCCAGCGCCGAGGCGGCCAACGAGAUCCACUACAUCCCCUCGGUGCUGAUGGGGGGCCAGGCCCGCGAGAGCCUCAGGAACUCCCGGGGCCAGGGGCCCAACUCAAGUGGGACCCUCAGCAUCAGGGAGACCCCCAUCCUGGACGGGUAUGAGUAUGACAUCACAGACCUGCGCCACCACCUUCAGAGGGAGUGUAUGAACGGCGGAGAGGACUUCGCCAGUCAGGUGACCCGGACGCUGGACUCACUCCAGGGCUGCAACGACAAGAAGAACAUCGACCUCACUCCUGUGAGUGACAACACGAAGCUGGCUCUGAUGAACAAGUACAAGGACAACAUCAUCGCUACAAGCCCGAUCGACAACAACCACCAACACAACAGCCUGUUGACGCACAACACGUCCACCAGCCAGCGCAAACGCCUGUCCAGCAACACGCGCACGGGCUCCACCUUCCUGACCCCUGACGGGGACUCUGGGACGGAGGCGGACAGCGACCCCCAGCUCACCUUCUACACCGACCCGCACCGCAGCCGGCGGCGCAGCCGCGGCCUCAGGAACGGGUCGGCCACCAGCGGCUGGGGCUCCGGGGCCGGUUCCCCUCGUAGCCCGAUCAACAAGACGACCCUGACCCUGAUCAGCGUGGUGAGCUGCCUGCUGGGGCUGGUCUACGCCUCCCACCUCUCCUGCACUCUGGCCGUCCGCAUCAUCCUCCACGUCCCGGAGCACCUCAUCGCCGACGGCUCCAGGUUCAUCCUGCUGCAGGGGAACCAGUUCGACGCGUCUGAUUGGCUGAACCCGGCACAGGUGUUACUGUUCCACCAGCAGAACGCCAGCGGGCCCUGGGUCAACGAGCUGUGUGGCCGCCGCCUGCUGGACCCCUGCGAGCACCAGUGUGACCCCGACACAGGAGACUGUUUGUGUCUGGACGGCUACAUGAAGGACCCGGUCCACAAACACCUCUGCAUCCGCAACGAGUGGGGGCCUAACCAGGGCCCCUGGCCCUACACCAUCUUCCAGCGCGGCUUUGAUCUGGUCCUGGGAGAACAGCCCUCUGACCGCAUCUUCAGGUUCACCUAUACUCUGGGAGAGGGCAUGUGGCUGCCCUUGAGCAAGAGUUUUGUUAUCCCCCCUGCUGAGCUGGCGAUCAACCCCUCGGCCAAAUGCAAGACGGAUAUGACUGUGAUGGAGGACGCUGUGGACGUACGGGAGGAGCUGAUGAUCAGCUCCUCGUUCGAUAGCCUGGAGGUGCUGUUGGACUCCUUCGGCCCGGUCAGGGACUGUUCCAAGGACAACGGAGGCUGCAGCCGCAACUUCCGCUGCAUAUCCGACCGCAAGCUGGACUCCACCGGAUGUGUGUGUCCACCAGGCCUCAGCCCGAUGAAGGACGGAACCGGAUGCUAUGACCACCACAUCGGGAUCGACUGCUCCGACGGGUUCAACGGAGGCUGUGAGCAGCUGUGUCUGCAGCAGCUGGCUCCCCUAGAGGAUGACCCCACUCUCUACAACAUCCAGAUGUUCUGUGGCUGUAUAGAGGACUACCGCCGUGGUCCGGACGGCCGGUCGUGCCAACCCCUCUCGGAGGUCUGCACGGAGGGCGUGGACUGCGGCGAGCCCGCCGACAUCCCGGCCAAUCAGACGCUGUUCGGAGACCUCUUCUACGGCUACAACAACCACAGCAAGGAGAGCAGCUCAGGGCAGAUCCUCAAGGCCACCUUCAGGCAGAAGAACUUUGCUCGCGGCCUGCAGCAGCAGCUCCCAGACGGUAUGGUGGUGGCGUCGGUCCCCAACGAGGUCCAGUGUCAGGAGGAGCUGUCAGACCCCGUCCCGGACCCAGACUAUCUCUCAGGCAUGGUGAACUACAGCGAGGUGUCGGGUUAUCCUCUCGUUCAGCACUGGAAGCUCCGCUCCGUCCAGUACCACGUCAAGCUCAACCAGUGGGUGCUGUCGCAAGCCUUCAGCUCGGCCCUCCACUCCCUCGAUGGGGCGACCCAGAGGAGCGACUUCGUCUCCAUCCUGGCGGAGUUUGGGAACCACUAUGUCCAGGAGGCGGUCUACGGCUUCCAGGAGACCUGCACCAUCUGGUACCCCAACAAGCAGGUCCAGAGGCAGCUGUGGCUGGAGUACCAGGACAUCAGCAAGGGUAACUCCCCCUCGGAGGAGUCGGAGGAGCGGGACAAGGAGCCGCGGACCCUGACCUACCCGGCCUACAUGGCCAGCCUGCUGGACUCGGGGUCCCAGCGCGUUGUGGGCGGGGUCCGCAUGGACUGCUCCAGCCAGGGCCAGUGCCCCCCCUCCUGCCACCUCUGUCACAUGUCCCCCUCCUCCCCCUCCUCCUCCUCCUCCUCCUCCUCCUCAGCGGGGGGCCGGCAGCAGUCCGAGCCCGUCCUCCUCCAGAUCACCCGGGCAACGCCCAUCGUGGAGCUGGUGUCCAACAACGAGACCUAUCAGGCCCUACAGGAAGCCAUGAUGAGCAUGCUGUGGUGCUCGGGGAGAGGUGAUGUCAUCGAUGACUGGUGCCGCUGCGACUCCAGCGCCUUCGGGGCCGACGGCCUGCCCACCUGCGCCCCCCUCCCCCAGCCCAGGCUGAGGCUGUCCCACACCUACGAGCCCAGCAGCUCACUGGUGAUCGUGGAGUGGAACCACGCAGAACCGCUGAUCGGAGUCCGCAUCGUGGACUACCUCAUCAGCCAGGAGAAGGUCACGGAGAGGAGCGACCACGGCAAGGUGGAGACCGAGUCUGUCCUCAGUCUGGUGGAUGACGUCCUGUCGGGGGCUAAGUCGCCGUGUGUGAUGCUAGGAGACGUCCCCGACCUCCAGGCCUCCACCCUCAGCCUGAUCAUCCGCUGCCUGGAGGCCGACACCACCUACAUGUUCAGGUUGUGGUCAGUGGACAACACAGGUCGGAGGUCGGGUCCCAGUGAGGUCACCAUCAAGACCCCGUGCCCUGCCGUGGACGACGUCAAGGCCCAGGAGAUAGCUGAUAAGAUCUACAACCUGUUCAACGGCUACACCAGCGGUAAGGAGCAGCAGACGGCCUACAACACGCUGAUGGAGCAGAGCCCGCCCACGCUGCACCGCGUGCUCUACCACUACAACCAGCGCUACCACGGCUUUGGGGAGUUCACCUGGCGCUGCGAGGACGAGCUCGGGCCCAGGAAGGCCGGUCUGAUCCUGUCCCAGCUGGAGCAGCUGUCAGGGUGGUGCCGGGGUCUCCUCCAGGAGCCCCGCAUCGGCCUGCGCCGGAUGUCCCUCCGCUUCCUGUCCUGCCGCUACAGCGACACCAAGGCCUUCGGCCUCAACUGGGUGGACCUCGGCCAGGACCUCCGCAAGGCCUGCGAGGACCAGACCCUCGCCGUCAUGUACAACGACUAUGGCGAGGCCAGGGACCUCUGAGAGACCAGAGGCCCCCAGGGACCCCAGGGACCUCUGAGAGACCUGGGCCCCCAGGGACCUCUGAGAGACUGGAGGCCCCCAGGGACCUCUGAGAGACUGGAGGCCCCCAGGGACCUCUGAGAGACUGGAGGCUCCCAGGGACCCCAGAGACCUCUGAGAGACUGGAGGCCCCCAGGGACCUCUGAGAGACCUGGGCCCCCAGGGACCCCAGAGACCUCUGAGAGACCUGGGCCCCCAGGGACCUCUGAGAGACUGGAGGCCCCCAGGGACCCCAGAGACCUCUGAGAGACCUGGGCCCCCAGGGACCUCUGAGAGACUGGAGGCCCCCAGGGACCUCUGACAGACCUGGGCCCCCAGGGACCUCUGAGAGACUGGAGGCUCUAUGAUUAUGAGUCUAUCUCUAUGAUUAUGAGUCUAUCUCUAUGAUUAUGACUCUAUCUCCAUGAUUAUGACUCUAUCUCUAUGAUUAUGACUCUAUCUCUAUAAUUAUGACUAUCUUUAUGAUUAUGACUAUCUCUAUGAUUAUGAUUCUCAGACCUAAUGUACAACGUCAUUGUUUUCAUAACAGAAACACCAUCCAGAGUGACCUUCUGUCUGUCAGGUGUCUGAUUGACGGAUGAACUGUAAAGUAUCUUGAACGAAAAUGAGAGAGCAAAGAGGAGGAACGGCUGUAAAUAAAACCUUUAUGUCUAAAGCAUUUAAAUGGAAAGAUAAUAAGGACUGAACCAUUUAAAUAGGAAGGGAAUCAGGACUGAACUGUUUAAAUAGGAAGGGAAUCAGGACUGAACCAUUUUAAAUACGAAGAUAAUCAGGAUCUUGUUCUGGUCUCUAAGUGACUGAUUCUGGUCUCUGAGUGACUGGUUCUGAUUAUCUCUGAGUGACUUGUUUUGCUCUCUGAGUGACUGGUUCUGAUGGUCUCUGAGUGACUGGUUCUGGUCUCUGAGUGACUGGUUCUGGUCUCUGAGUGACUGGUUAUGAUUAUCUCUGAGUGACUGGUUCUGAUGGUCUCUGAGUUACUGGUUCUGGUCUCUGGGUGGCUGGUUCUGAUCUCUGGUGAAUGUAUCCUCAUGUAUUCAUGUCUAUAGUCCAAUAGUCCCAUGUCAAUAUGAAAUAGUGAAUUUAGAACAAUAACCUGUGGUUACAUGCACCUAAAGUCUUCUGAGCUCACCUGCAACGCGCUAACCCAACCAAUCAAUCACUCGGCUGUAAUUAAUUAACAGUGACUCCAAUAAGUUUAUCAUUACUGCUAUCAAUUAUUUAACAACAUGGCAUCAGAUGAGACCAUUCCCUUGAUGUUGUUUUGAAUAACUUCACCUCCAGCUCUUCACUUCAGCUGAGGGCCAACUUCAAAAACUGUUCCCAGUCCAGUUCAGUCGAUGCAGAAAUAUAAUAUACAUAAAUAGAUUUCCUUGAAGUCUUCUGUGAAUACUAAAGCAGCCUUGUAGAUAUUUGUAAAGGUUCAUUAAGGCAUCCAUCCAGUGGUGACUUCUGUAAUUAGUCGUACAGCAGUGUUUAGUGAAUGUUAGUGGAAGUCUGCACUGUAUAAUCACAGCUUUGAUGAUUGUUUCACUGGAAAUCUCUUUAUUAUUCAGAUAUGUUAUUUCAUACAAAACCAACCUCCUGCUUAUACAUCUAACCCCUACCUGCUCCUUAAAAGUAUCUAACCCUACCAGCUCCUCAAAGAUAUCUAACCCCACCUGCUCCAUCAUGACCUGUCUCUGUAGUGUCUAACCCCUACCUGAUCCUUAAUGACCUGUCUCUGGACUGUCUAACCCCUACCUGCUCCUUAAUGAUCCGUCUAUGUACUAUCUAACCCCUACCUGCUCCUUAAUGACCUGGCUCUGUACUUUCUAACCCCUACCUUCUCCUAAGUGACCUGUCUCUAUACUGUCUAACCCCUACCUGCUCCGUAAUGACCUGUCUCUGGAGUUGAUCAUUCCAGUAGUUUUGUUAAAGGAAAUCAGAUGUUUUAGAAUAUGACCCAGUGGACAUGUUUUUACUGUUGCAUGCUAUAUUUUGGCUCUUAUAUCUGUGAGUAUUAACAUUUUACACUUGGCUCUUUCAAAGAAUAAUAAAAAGCUAUAAAACGUG